AUGUGGCUUCUCACCGCUCUUCUGCUGCUGUGCUCGCUCGCCUGCACUUCGGCGGACGCGAAGCCCUCCAGGAAGAACACGAAGCUCAAGCCUGUGAACGUGUCGCUCACAUCUCAAUGGGCAGCAACGCCAGCGGUCCUGGAGGCCUUCGAGUUCCUCGCAGAGGAGGGCGGCGCCCGGUCGCUGUGGAGGUUCAUCGCGGCGACACAGACGGGGUCUCAGGGCGCGGACGAGAGGUGGAACGCGAGCGACGCAGACCCGACCACGUGCUGGUCGACGAUCGUCGGCGUCGCCGGGGAGGACCUGAGCGCCACCAUGCUACUGACGAUGGAGACGUCGCUGAUGAGCCGCCUGUACUCGCCACGCGUGCAUGCGGCAAGGGAUGCCGCUCGGCACGAACUUGACGGCCGUGACACGCGCUCGGCCUGCUGUGUCGUCGAUGUUGGGAGCACCAGGCUGGUGACCGACGCGAGCGAGCUGAAGGCGGUGCUCAACUCGCGCAGGGCCCCACAAGGGGUGUCCCGGGCCCUGCCGACGGACCACGUGUUCCUGCGCGGCAGCGACACUUCCACUCUUGUGGCCGUGUAUGGUCUGGUCGGGAGUGCAUGCCUCGGAAGGCUCCUAGACGUGCUGCGGGAGGCAGUCCAGUCCCAGCGCGCUGAUUUGACGGUCGUUUUGCGACAUGUGGAUUUGGGGGAUUCUUGUGCGGGUGAUGUGCAACGUGGGGGACACCCCUGCCAGCUGGCAGGAGCGAGUCGGGAGGGUAUGAUGGUUCCUGGCUUCGGCGUCGAGCUGCGGCUGAAGUCGAUGGAGUACAACGCGAUGGAUGAGAGCAGCAGUGCCGCUGACACUGAAGAAGACACGCAAGCAUCGGACGACAGCUCAGCCGGCGAGCCAGCAGAAGUGAUCGAGCGUCCGCUGCUCGGCGGGAAAGCCGCGGUCGUCGACCAGGCGGCCCGGCGAACGAGACGGCCAGGCAUUUUCAGGAUCUUGCGCCCCGAGAGCGCCACCGAGGAGCGGCCCAUCAAAGUCCAGGGACUGAAGAAUCUCGGCCUCAAGGCAGCCAAGAUGGUGCGAGAUCAGGCCCAGCGGCAGCGGGACCACCUCGCGGUCGCUGCCGGCAUCGCCCAACGGCUGCCACAGGUGGCGGCUUCUCUCGGGCGCUCGGUGAGGCUGAACUCGACGUGGUCCGAGGUCGGACGGGACUUGCAGGACUUGUAUGCCUCGGGAUUUGACGGGAAGUCGGCUUUGCUGCUCGUCAAUGGCUUGAUGCAUCCGAUGGAUAGCAACACGGGGCCUGAGUUGCAUGCGCUCCUGAACAGAAUCCGCCUCGAGGUGCGGCUGUUCGAGGAACUCACUGGCGCUGGAAUUGAGCAGGGGGCUGCCAGGUCAUUGCUGGCCUUGCGAGCAAACGUUGCAGAUCGAUCGGAUCUUCGCGUCGAUGCGAGGAUGAAAUACUACAUUAAAAUGAACGACGUCGACAGAGACCCGGAUUACAGGCAGUUCCCGAGGUCCUUCAGGAACCUCGGAUACGGCACGGUCAGUCGCCCCAUUUUAACGUGUUCGUUUGUUGCCGAUGUCGAGGGAGCGAACUGGUGGGGGGGGCUAGCUACGAUGGCGGCGGUCAUGGAGAGACGCAUGCCCGUCGAUUUCCACGUGGUCUUGGUUUCAUCGUCGGACAAGGCCGGCCAUGCUCGGUCCAGAGGCACACCUGGAGGCAAUGUCCCGGCCACGAUCGGGCAGAGGGCGCGGCGAGUUGCAGCAGCACUCAAAGUGCUGAUCGGUAACGCGGCUGCGUCGAAGUUUCUGCGACUGCGCUACCUGGACCUCGUGUGCAAGGAUGUAUCAGAGCUUCGCGCACGAUUUCAAAGUCUGAUUGCCUCCCACAGGGGAGGCAAGAAGAAAAAGUUCGACGUCUCAUCACCCGGGGAAGCCUGGGACCGAAUCUGGCAGGGUACGGGCGUGAUCGGUACGGCUGUGCUCGAUUCAGAGGCCGCGAUGCUGAAGUCUGCGGAGGAACGAGGCCUCGUGCCGCAAGACGGUGGAGCGGUCGUUGCCUUCAAUGGGAGGGUGCGCCAGUUGUCGCCUUCUGCACAGGCGAGGGACUACCUUGGCCAGCAACUCGUGGCAGCUCUCCAGAGUGAGACGCGGGUCGUGCUGCGGGAGUACAGUGGCGGCAGGCUGGAGGACGAAGAGUCGAAGCUCUUCACUUGGAUGCUGCGGCACCAUCGUGCUGUGCCGCGGUACAACGCGCGGGUCCUCCAGGCCUGGGGGUUGGGGGCUUUGGAUUCUGAGGGUGGCGGUGAGGGCGACAGUGCGGGACAGCUGCGAGUCGGUCCUGGUUCCUUUAUCACGCUCGAUCCCCUGAACGCCGCCGUCCAUGAGACACUCCAGGCGGUCCCGUAUCUUCGAAGAGCAGAUGCAGUUGUUGCGGAUACAACCAUCUGGCUCGUGACGGAUUUGAGCAGGCCUGAGGGCUUGCACAUCAGCGCUUCCGCGGCGAACUGGGCGUCAGCUAACAUGGGACGCGCGCGCCUUGCGCUGAUGAACAACCCCCGGAUCGAAAGCAGCAAUGCACGGCACAUUGAAACAUUCGUACAGGCAUUGAUCCGAGUGGAGCGGGGAGGCGAAGUUGACAAAGCACGAGCCCUGGCAUCUCUUCUCGAACACGCGCGCGACCUGGCUCUGGAGAGCCCUGAGACGUGGGCAUCUCUCGCUCCGCACCAGGUUCACGAGCUCGCUACAGCAGCCUCGCAGACGCUUGACGAGGCGAGCUCGUCAGUCAUGUCGGCUGCGCAAGAUCUGUUCGGCGCCGACGGGAACGAGCCCUCGUUGCUGUCAUCGCUCGUGUCACAGCGAGAGCUCCUCUCCGACGCCGGCGUGAGGCCUGGGGACAACGUCGCGGUUGUCAACGGCCGCAUUGUGCUCCUCGACGGCGACACCCGCGCCAAGGACGUCGCGCUCAUGGUUGCCCUGGCGAGGUCUGACUUCGGAGGGCGCGGCGUUAACGGGGUACUGGAGCGCCAGCGUGGCUCCGCUUCGGAGGGUUCUCUCAGCCAGAGCGACCUGUCGCUGCUGGCAAGCCUGAUUCUCACCGCGAACCCGGUCCUUCAUCAGGGACGAACUCUUCCGCACUUCCUUUUGGCGGCCUCAGCGCGUGUCGGCGCAGUCAUCGCCGACCUUGAAGCUGUCGGCUCGCCCUUGAUCACCGCUUCUUCGCGGAAAUCCGACGGCGUGCUCAAGUUACAGCUCGUCGUAGAUCCCCUGAGCAAGCAGGCACAGAUCCUUCCACAGAUGCUGGGCUUCAUCAGAGACGCAGUGGGGGCGGAAUUGCAGCUGGUGUUGGCCCCGAUGGGAGGUGCAUCUGACCUCCCGCUGGAGACGUUCUACAGCGUGGCGCUCCCGUCGCUGCGUGAGGUGGACAAGUGGGGCGUGCCACUUCCGCCGUCAGUCAGCCUUGUUGCGCUACCGCAGCGCCGUGUCCUGACGGUAUCUCUCGACGUUCCGGAGCCGUGGCUCGCCAGUCUGCGCCGUGCCGAUGGCGACGCAGACAACGUGUUCCUAGAUGACGUCGAAGCUCCCGUCCAUUUCGAAUACGAGCUAGACGCGCUCCUCAUCACGGGGAUGACGCAGAACACCGACGCUAUUAAGCAGGGCAGGUACGAGGCUGUGCACCCGCGGGGACUGCAGCUGCACCUAGUGGACAAGGAUGGAGCGCGGGUUGCCGACACGUUGGUGAUGGACACUCUCGGAUACUUCCAGUUGCACGUCAAACCGGGCACGUACGGCAUCCGUCUCAUCCCUGGCAACGAGCAGCAGUUCGAAAUCAUGACCUCGGACGACCACUCGCCCUACUGGAUCGCGCUCGCCGACGGUGGUGGCGAUACGAGCGCGGUUGCCAACGUGGAGGUGUUGUCGUUUUCAGGUGCACAAGUGCAACUGCGUCUGCGCGAACGCAGCAGCCAACCACCGACCGCAUCGGGCGAAAGUGAAGUCGCUGAUGCCGGUGCGGGGGAGGCCUCGGGGGCUGGAACGCGGCGCGGCCUGGUGUCGAGACUUUUUGGCUCGUUUGGGCAGGGCAGGGUCGACCAAGCGGCAGGAGCAGGGGAGGAGGAGGAGCCAGUGCAUGUCAUGACCGUGGCUUCGGGGCUGCUGUACGAGAGACUGCAGCGCAUCAUGAUGCUCAGCGUGGUGAAGCACACGACAAAGCCGGUCAAGUUCUGGUUCAUCGAGAACUACAUGUCGCCCGUUUGGAGAGCUUCUCUCGCGAAGAUGGCGGCGGAGAUCGGGUUUGACUACGAGCUCAUCACGUAUAAGUGGCCACACUGGCUUCGCAAGCAGUCUGAGCGUCAGCGCAUCAUCUGGGCGUACAAGAUUCUGUUCCUGGACGUCAUCUUCCCGUUGACUGUCUCCAAGAUGAUUUUCGUCGACUCUGAUCAGGUAGUGCGCUCGGACCUGCGCGAGCUGGUUCGUCACGACCUUCAAGGAGCACCGUACGGCUACGUUCCGUUCUGCGAGAACAACAAGGAGGUCGAAGGGUUCCGCUUUUGGAAGCAGGGGUUCUGGAAGGACCACCUGAGGACCAUCGGCAGCCACAACUACCACAUCUCCGCACUGUACGUCGUGGACCUCGACAAGUUCCGCCGCAUGGGCGCUGGCGAUCACUUGAGGAAGGUGUAUCACCAGCUCUCAAUGGACCCGAACUCGCUGGCCAACCUGGACCAGGACCUGCCGAAUUUCGUGCAAGAUCAGGUACCCAUUUUCAGUCUGCCCCAGGAAUGGUUGUGGUGCGAGACGUGGUGCGGGAAUGCAACGAAGGCUGCGGCGAAGACAAUCGAUCUGUGCAACAACCCGUUGACGAAGGAGCCCAAGCUCCAGAUGGCCAGGCGCAUCAUUCCAGAGUGGACGGCGUACGAUGCGCAGCAGGAGGCCAUCAUGUCGCGAGCGUUGGCCUCGGACCAGGGGCCGCGUCCAUCAGCAAACAGGGAGGAAAGUCGUCGCCAAGAGUUGUGA